GCCACUACCACUUCUAUACACUUGCUGUUGGACCAUUUCACCAUCUCCUCGAUCUCGACCCUUCCACUUUCUUUGUUACACCAUCCUGCCAUCACUUUCAUGUGACGAUCUUCUGGUCUUCACCCCGUCAUUCCUUCAAACAAAGGCAGAUCUCGGCUUCAUUCCUUUGCUGAUUUCUUGCCGUCCAUUCAUUCCUUCUCAGGUCCUCCACCCCAGCCACACGCACUCAACGCAACGACCAACACCCACUCUACGAGCCCACCACGAGUUGCGCGGACGUUCACCUAGAGCGCGACUGGAUAUUCGCGACUUGAAAUCCCUACACACACACGCACACGCACACAGCCCACGAGUACUUCUCCCACUGCCUUCCUCGACCGGAUAUAUCGCUUUUCAACGGGUUCCUGAGUGCUAAAGAAAGAUCACCGCCCCCUCGUAUUACGCCCGCCUGAGCAGAUCAUCAACCCCCACUCACCGACUGACCUGGCGUCAGCCUCGUUGUGCAGAUCUAUCACAACUAUAUUUUGAAAGUUGCGCCUUCUCUUCGACCACGGCCUUGAUCUUUCAGCCAUGGAUUUAUUCGCCCACUCAAACUUUGUCCAACGACGAGACGCAGAGGAUUCUACGAAUGAACACAUUUCGGCCUUGGAGAUGAACCACCUUGCUUUUGUCUUUUUCGCAUUGGUUGCAUCAGCCUGCUUUUGCUGUGUCGCCCUCUGCUUUCUCCGUCGCAGGAGAAUGGCUCGCCGCCAGCAGGCCACAUCAUUACCCACAUACCAUCAAGUAUCACAUCAUCAACGAUCCCCCUCGGUGACCAACUUUGGCAAUGGCUACAAAAACGAGUCGGUCUUUGUAUACGACGAAAAGAUGAAUCUCAUCCACAACUCGUCUAGCCCGACCUCGACCUCGGUGCCUGAGAUUCACAUCACUUUCCCAGACGAGGAAGGCAAACCCAGCAACAGCCAGAAUGGUCGUGUGGUCGUUGUCCACAUUACAGACUCGGGCAGUGUGGGUAUGGGUCCCCUGCAACGCGAUGACCUCCCUCCUUAUCAGAAAGAAGAUGCCGACCGCUUCCAGUCGCUAGAUCUCGAGCGUAUCGGCGGACUGCGUGAGAAAGAGCCACUUGAUCGACGAUGAUCAUGAAUGGAUUCUACAUUGUGGACAAGCAUCCAUGUGUCUCGAGCUGGUCGCAAGUCCGACCACUGGGACAUGGUUUGUGGAAUACGUACCGCCAAAGGAUGCAGACAGCGUGUACGACAGUCGAGACCAUCCAUCACGACAUGAUGAUACACACACUAUUCUUGCGUAACGGCAUCAGCACAUUUAAUAGACCUGGGACAUAUUUAGCUUAUUGAUAGUUCAUUGUAUUGUAUAGUUGGCCCAUUGGAGGCAAGCACUCGCCGGAAAUCACAUGCCACAACCAAUCUACUCUUUCUGGAUAGCCAAAGAAAGGCCACCAAGAAGCAAUGACUGAGAUAUACAUACACACCCCUUCUUCAGUU